GUUAAAGCAAAUUAAUUUGUCAGUGGUGGCAGUCAGAGUGCAGACAACCUGUUAACAUGUCUACUACGGCAGAGGACAGCUGUGGAGGAAAUGUUGCUAAAGACAGCAGAACAACAACAGACAGGGCGGAAACGGAUCAGCAUGGAAAUGUAAAGGUGCUUUUUUGGUUGGCGUGACAACUCAGCAUGCACAGAGAACCUAACAGAGACUGACGCCUUCAUCAGAAGCUCUUUAGCUUUGGAUCCUGCAGAAGAGUACAAGAUGGACAACAAACGACGAGGCCUUGCACUCAUCUUUAACCAGGAGCGCUUCUUCUGGCGCCUGGGGUUAAAUGACAGGAAUGGGACCAAUGCCGACCGCUACAAUUUGGAGAAAAGACUGAAUGAGCUAAACUUCGAAGUGAAGACUUAUGACAACUACAGACAGGAGGAAGUCUUAGAUAAAAUCAGCGAAGCCGCAGAGGCCAACCAUUCAGACGUCGACUGCUUUUUGCUCGUCUUCCUGAGCCACGGCGAGAAUGAUCACGUCUACACCUAUGAUGGCAAGAUCAGCGUUCAGGAUAUCACAUCCCUGUUCAAAGGAGACAAGUGCAAGAGCCUUGUGGGAAAGCCAAAGAUCUUUAUAUUACAGGCAUGCCGCGGAGACAAGCAUGAUGAUCCAGUGACUGCCUGUGAUGCUGUGGACAGUGAGCUGAAGACGAAUGAGGUGGUGGUGGACGCCAGUGCCGUACACACCCUCCCUGCUGGAGCUGAUUUCAUCAUGUGCUACUCUGUGGCUGAAGGUUACUAUUCCCACCGGGAGACCAUAAACGGCUCCUGGUAUGUCCAGGAUCUGUGUGAGCUGCUUCAAAAGUAUGGGGACUCCCUUGAAUUCACAGAAUUACUCACGCUGGUCAACAGGAAAGUGUCGAUGAGAAGUGUUGGGAACAGUAAUGACAAGAAUGCCAUUGGGAAGAAGCAAGUACCGUGCUUUGCUUCAAUGCUCACCAAGAAACUGUACUUCCGCCCAAAAAAGUAACAGUUUCAGACCUCAGUCAUAAAAUGAGCUGGUUUUAUAUUAAUGCCUGGGAAACAGGGUCUCCUCAAGGCAGAUUUUAAAGAAUUUUGCUGGGUUUUUUUUUCUUUUCUAGUCCUCUACUGUAUGUUGCUCAUGAACACUAUUAUUCACAUAUGCAUUGAACAGUCAGCUAAUUAUCAGCCUUAGUAUUUGCAGUGAAGGUAAUGGUUAUAAAAUAACAGGAACAACUUGUAUUCACAUACACUACAGAAAUAUGAAUAUUCCUGGCGUCAGGCAAUCACUUCAUUCCUCCUCAUGUCGAAAUUGUGGUUUCAUUUAUCAUGUAAAGUUUCUUCUGGAGAAACCAGAUUCCUUGACUUGGUUUUUAAGAUUUUUGCAUCGGCAUGACAAAGAAUGAAGACAGGGAAAGUAUCUGUGGCAGCAGUAAGGCAGAGGAGAAAUCUGAUUAGUGAUCAGCUGCUAGUAAACAGUAAAACAGUAUCUGAUUUACUGGUUUGUCUAACCCAUCUGAACCUUAUUUAUCACACUAAUCUGGUUUCUUGUGUGAAUGCAAACAUACAGUAGACAUUAUAAUGCAAUCUAAUACAACAGCCCAGCAAUAAUUCAAAGUUAGACCAGUACAUUGGAGGGCCAAUAUUGGCUCAUCAUAGCUACAUGCAUGCAUUGACAUAUGGGGGGGAAAAGGUAAAAGCAUUUGAGGUAUCUUAAAAACAGUGUCAUAAUAAUUUGUCUAGCAAUAAUUUGUCUGGGUGGCUUAUCACUUCACCUAAACAAUUUUCUGGGGAAAACUUGAAUGCAUAUAUAAAUUUAUUUACCAAUGUCUACCAUAAUUCUUUUAUUUCCCCGAUAACCGGUAUGUCUGCAGAGGUCCAGUAUCAGGGUGACUUCAUAUCCAAUACUGACUAUAGUGUGAACUUGUUUGUGACAGAAAUGUGUUGACUCAAAUCAAGGGUAAUUUGAGUCCAUGAUUCAUGGUCUCGUUGUAUUGGAUUGCAUUAUGUUUUGAAGGUGUUCCUGUUAUUUUGUCCAACUCCUGUAGAUCAGUACACAUUUUGCACUCUCAGGAAAUUGCUUUUAAACUGCAGGAUUAUUAUGGACCACAUUCUGUGUUAGCUACUUUUCUUAGCUUUUUGUCACAUUUUUAGCUUUCUUGUUUAAUCCAGUUUAAACUACUGUGGUACCACACAAAUGUUGCCUUAUCCUGCAGCUGACUUGAUUAUCUUAACAAGCCAAGAAGAUGGAAGUAGUUGACGUUUCCAGUGGGCUUGCGCAGGGAAGCUUUCCUCAGACUUAACAUUGUCUCUGAGGAAGCUGGAAAUGUCAGGUAAGUCUGGUUUUCUUGACUGUAAAGUCAGUUGCAGGUCUACAAGCCAGACAAAUACUUUACAACUUACUGUAUCUUGCGAGGCAGGUGACAGAACAGCAUGACAACCAGGUACUUCCAAUGAUUUUGUUCACAUCGGGGUUUAAAACUUAAUUAUCUCUCUAUAAGCACCAGUGAUCAAGUAAUGUCUGACAUAACAGAUUAUCCAGGCAUCUCAUAAACAUGCUGUUUGUCUUCAAGCUUGCUCCAUCAAAAAGGGAAUUCAUGUUUGUGCUGUUCUUUGUGUUAUAGGAGUUUACAGUACUAAAGUUUAAUAAUGCGUAUGUUUGUACCCAAAAUGGCAACAAACACCAGUGUGGAAAGUUCUUCAGGGAGAAGAGCUGUUUUUAAAACUGUACUGUGGACCCAAAACACUUCUAGCUGUGUCACAUGAUCUAUGACUCAGGAAAAACAAAGCUACCAGCACACACUGAUCCUGUAUUGUUGUCGUCUUACUGUUGUGACUUUGUAUAAUAAAAUCGGUGUGACAUUUUA